UUUGCAUUUGCACAAGCAAAAGAAAAGACAGAGAGUCGUGUUGGGCGGGAAAAUGAAGUGUCUCACGACUAUCGAGAACAAAAAAAAAGAGGUGAUUUUUGAAGCCCGCCUCGCUAAUUUCGCCUUUCACUCUCUCAUUUCUCUCUUUCCUAUAUUUUGGCGUAUCAGUGUCUCCCAGCUCGUACUUAAACCCUACAAAUUCAAAAGAAAGUUAAGCUUCUUAUUCCAUUCAAAGAUGGUGGUUCCAUGCGUUGCCGAGCUUUCCGAUCCUGUCAAUGAUGCGAUGGUCCCGAGACGUUGCAGUGCGAGAAUCAAAAAUUUGAAGAGUGAGCAGGAAGCUCAGCUUGAGCGUCAGAGAGUACGGUGCCGCUCCAAUGACGACUCAGUUCUUGAGAAGAAGCCCAAGGUUUAUAAGAAGAGCAAGGUUGUUACUUCCUCACAAGCUCAAGCUCCUAAUAAUGACGUCACAGUUUCCCCUGUUGAUAACGAUGACGUCACUAUAACCAAUGUUGCUGCGCCAAAUGACUGUACCGAUCAUCCUGUUCCCGAAACCUCUCUGAAUCCCCAGCUUAGCGGGAACGGGACUGAGAAAAGUUCGCAUGCCAGGGUGACAGAGACUAUACGGAGAUUUAACAAGCAUUAUCUCCAUUUCGUUCAGGAAGAGGAGAUAAGAUGUGGAAGAGCCCAAGCAGAUCAAAAAACAAAGAAAAAUUCAAAAUCUAAGGAAGCCGAAGAUGAUGGCAAACGCAGUUCCAAGCGGCCUGAUCUAAAGGCGAUUUCCAAGAUGAUAUCAGAAAAGGAGGUUUUGAAUCGUGAGAGAAUUGGCUCCCUUCCAGGCAUUGAUGUUGGUCAUCAGUUCUUUUCGCGUGCUGAGAUGGUCGUUGUGGGAUUCCAUAACCAUUGGCUAAACGGCAUUGACUGUGUUGGCCAAUCUGCAGGGAAAAAAGGGGAGUACAAAGGCUACAGUUUGCCCCUUGCGGUAUCAAUUGUCGUAUCGGGACAGUAUGAAGACGACCAGGACAACUAUGAAGAAGUGGUCUAUACUGGUCAAGGUGGAAAUGAUCUUCUUGGUAACAAGCGCCAAAUAAAGGAUCAAGUCAUGGAACGGGGUAAUUUAGGGCUUAAGAACUGUAUGGAGCAAUCUGUACCUGUAAGGGUUACACGUGGACAUCGGUGUGUGAAUAGUUACGUUGGAAAGGUUUAUACAUAUGAUGGCUUGUAUAAGGUUGUAAAUUACUGGGCAGAGAAGGGUAUUUCUGGAUUCACGGUCUAUAAGUUCCGAUUAAAGCGUAUUGAAGGACAACCUGUGUUGACCACCAACCAGGUACAUUUUACUCGAGGCUGUAUUCCCAACUCCAUUUCUGAAAUACGAGGGUUGGUAUGUGAGGACAUUUCUGGUGGACUGGAGGAUAUUCCCAUUCCCGCAACUAAUUUAGUUGAUGAUCCACCGGUAGCACCGUCAGGUUUGACUUAUAGCAGGGAUAUCGUAUGUGCCAAAGGUAUAAAGUUCCCUUCAGCUCCCACAGGAUGCAACUGUCAUGGUUCAUGUCUUGAUCCAAGAGUUUGUUCUUGUGCUAAACUCAAUGGUUCUGAAUUUCCCUAUGUUCAUAAAGAUGGUGGAAGUUGCCUUACAGUGGAAUUCUUUCAACAUGCCUUUUAUUUUCAGUAUAUUUUUCUUUGUAGACUUAUUGAGCCAAAGGCUGUUGUUUUUGAAUGUGGUCCGAAUUGUGGAUGCGGACCUGCUUGUGUCAACCGCACUUCUCAGAAAGGAUUGAGAUAUCGGCUUGAGGUUUUUCGUACUCCAAACAAGGGCUGGGGUGUGAGAUCAUGGGAUUAUAUUCCUUCUGGUGCAACCAUCUGUGAAUACACUGGUCUUUUGAAGAAGACUGAUCAGAUUGAUCCUGCAGCAGAUAACAACUAUGUUUUUGACAUUGAUUGCUUGCAAACAAUGAAAGGGCUCGAUGGGAGGGAGAGACGGUUGGGUGAGGUUUCUUUGCCGGGAUACUGGCACAACGAUGCUGAGAAGACGUCAGACGGAGGGCCAGAAUAUUGCAUUGAUGCAGUCUCUGUUGGCAAUUUUGCGAGGUUUAUUAAUCAUAGUUGUCAACCUAAUUUAUUUGUUCAAUGUGUGUUAAGCACCCAUCAUGACAUUGGUUUGGCAAGAGUGGUGCUAAUGGCAGCUGACAACAUACCACCUCUGCAGGAACUCACGUAUGAUUAUGGCUAUGUUCUGGAUAGUGUUAUGGAUCGUGAGGGGAAGGUUAAACAAAUGGCUUGCUACUGUGGUGCUGCUGACUGUCGUAAACGCUUGUUUUGAUGGGAUAUGUAACCAUUCAUUAGCACACAAUUACAUAUUUUUUGGGUUUCUAUAUGCUGAUUUCUCAUCAUCUGCACUUGUGUGUAGUGGUUACUAACGUUGGGAAAUUGGCUCAAGUGUUAUAUAUUGUAUUGCCCAAUGAGAAAACGAACUUGUUAAUUUGAUUUCA